CGUCUAUCUGGAUCGACAGCCUUUAAUGCCCACAUUUUUAACGCUUGCCCUGUACGUGGAUUGAUUUUUUUUUUCCUUCAGCAUUCCCUCACCAGAUGGAUUUUUGCUACUGCAGAUCAGCAGAGGGUGUCAGAUCUUUCAGAGUGCACCAGGCUGGAACAAGCAGAGCUUCUUAGCAACUCUCUUCUACCCCCUCCCCAUUCUCGCGCUCUCUCCCUCCCUCAGACAACUCGCCCCCCGCCCUCCGCCCCCUCCACGUAAUUCCGAAAGAGCAGAAUAAAGAGGAGAAAAAGAAAAGAAGAGCUAGUAACCGAGAGCUGGAGCCCAGAAAAAACGUCUGAAGAGGACCGAAAGGGAGGAAAGGAAAAGGAUGGACAGCCACAAAACGCAGCGAUUGCGGAAAUUUUCCAGCGCCAUUGGCUCGGCAGCGUGAGUCCUUUCGGUCGGGCGUGAUUUCAGCACCGGGGGGACUGGACAGCACCUCGGGGGGACUUCUGGGCAACCUGCAACCACAGCAAGAACUCCAUCAGCCGCCUCAGCUACAGAAGCCGCCGAAAACCCUGCUUUGUAUCAGAGAGGCAAGGAUGGUCGCUGUUACUUUGUGAUGAGAUCGGGGAUGAAUUGCUCGCUUUAAAAAUGCUGCUUUGGAUUCUGUUGCUGGAGACGUCUCUUUGUUUUGCCGCUGGAAACGUUACAGGGGACGUUUGUAAAGAGAAGAUCUGUUCCUGCAAUGAGAUAGAAGGGGACCUGCACGUAGACUGUGAAAAAAAGGGCUUUACAAGUCUGCAGCGUUUCACCGCCCCGACUUCCCAGUUUUACCAUCUAUUUCUGCAUGGUAAUUCCCUCACUCGACUUUUCCCUAAUGAGUUUGCUAACUUUUAUAAUGCGGUUAGUUUGCACAUGGAAAACAAUGGCUUGCAUGAAAUCGUUCCUGGGGCUUUUCUGGGGCUGCAGCUGGUGAAAAGGCUGCACAUCAACAACAACAAGAUCAAAUCUUUUCGAAAGCAGACUUUUCUGGGUCUGGACGAUCUGGAAUACCUCCAGGCCGAUUUUAAUUUAUUACGGGAUAUAGACCCGGGGGCCUUCCAGGACUUGAACAAGCUGGAGGUACUCAUUUUAAAUGACAAUCUCAUCAGCACCCUACCUGCCAACGUGUUCCAGUAUGUGCCCAUCACCCACCUCGACCUCCGGGGAAACAGGCUGAAAACGCUGCCCUAUGAGGAGGUCUUGGAGCAAAUCCCUGGCAUUGCUGAGAUCCUGCUAGAGGAUAACCCGUGGGACUGCACCUGUGAUCUCCUCUCCCUGAAAGAAUGGCUGGAAAACAUUCCCAAAAAUGCUCUGAUCGGCCGAGUUGUCUGUGAAGCCCCCACCAGACUGCAGGGAAAAGACCUCAAUGAAACCACAGAACAGGACUUGUGUCCUUUGAAAAACAGAGUGGAUUCCAGUCUCCCGGCGCCCCCUGCCCAAGAAGAGACCUUCGCUCCUGGCCCCCUGCCAACUCCUUUCAAGACAAAUGGGCAAGAGGAUCAUGCCACCCCAGGGUCUGCUCCAAAUGGAGGUACAAAGAUCCCAGGCAACUGGCAGAUCAAAAUAAGACCCACUGCUGCGAUAGCGACCGGCGGCGCCAGAAACAAGCCCCAAACCAAUGGCUUGCCUUGCCCUGGGGGCUGCAGCUGCGACCACAUCCCAGGGUCGGGUUUAAAGAUGAACUGCAACAACCGGAACGUGAGCAGCUUGGCUGAUUUGAAGCCCAAGCUUUCCAAUGUGCAGGAGCUUUUCCUUCGAGAUAACAAGAUACAUAGCAUCCGAAAAUCGCACUUUGUGGAUUACAAGAAUCUCAUUCUGUUAGACCUCGGCAACAACAACAUUGCCACCGUAGAGAACAACACUUUUAAGAACCUUUUGGACCUCAGGUGGCUGUAUAUGGAUAGCAAUUACCUGGACACUCUGUCCCGGGAGAAAUUCGCCGGGCUGCAAAACCUCGAGUAUCUGAACGUGGAGUACAAUGCAAUCCAGCUCAUCCUUCCUGGCACCUUCAAUGCCAUGCCCAAACUAAGGAUCCUCAUUCUCAACAACAACUUGCUGAGGUCCCUACCCGUGGACGUGUUCGCUGGGGUCUCGCUCUCUAAGCUCAGUCUGCACAACAAUUAUUUCAUGUACCUUCCAGUGGCAGGGGUACUGGACCAGUUAACCUCCAUCAUCCAGAUAGACCUGCACGGAAACCCUUGGGAGUGUUCCUGCACCAUUGUGCCUUUUAAGCAAUGGGCAGAACGCCUGGGUUCCGAAGUGCUGGUGAGCGACCUCAAGUGUGAGACGCCGGUGAACUUCUUUAGGAAGGAUUUCAUGCUCCUCUCCAAUGACGAGAUCUGCCCCCAGCUGUACGCGAGGAUCUCGCCCACGCUAACUUCGCACAGUAAAAACAGCACUGGGUUGGCGGAGACCGGGACGCACUCCAACUCCUAUCUAGACACCAGCAGGGUGUCCAUCUCGGUGUUGGUCCCGGGACUGCUGCUGGUGUUUGUCACCUCCGCCUUCACUGUAGUGGGCAUGCUCGUGUUUAUCCUGAGGAAUAGAAAACGAUCUAAGAGAAGGGACGCCAACUCCUCGGCGUCCGAAAUUAAUUCCCUACAGACAGUCUGUGACUCUUCCUACUGGCACAAUGGGCCUUACAACGCAGAUGGGGCCCACAGAGUAUAUGACUGUGGCUCCCACUCACUCUCAGACUAAGACCCCAACCCGGGUAGAGCAGGGGAGCGGGAAGGCGAUGCGCCCCCUCCCCCCCACCCCACCAAUCCCCUACCCGGCUGGCAUCCCAGGGGUCAGAGGAGCCCAGACCCAAGUCCAGCGCGCCCCAAGGCUUUAUGGACAUAAGUAAAUAAAUAACUGUGAACUCGCUCCGCUGAGAGGGUUUGACCCCUUAGCUCCCUUCUGGAAACAAAGAGCAGACUGUGGUGAGCUGGGAAAGCGCUGCCAAAUCGCUCUUUGCAGCGAGCUCCUUUUGAUAAAACCCAGCAGGGGCCCUGCUCGAAGAACUAGCCCUCUGCGUUGGGGCUGACCGGGAUGUCUGCUGCGGUCCUAUACAUAUAUACGUGUACCCCACAUCUAUAUAGAGAGAUAGAUAUCUAUUUUUCCCCCUGUGGAUUAGCCCCGUGAGGAGGGGGGGGCGUGAUGGCUCCCUGUUGGCUAUGCAGGGACGGGCAGUUGCACGAAGGCAUGAAUGUAUUGUAAAUAAAUAACUUUGACUUCUGACAAAAACAAAAAGUGCUGCAUGGCUCGCAUGGAAUCCACGCGCUCCAGGGACGCUGCCCUCCUCGGCGACUGGAGACGGCGUCACGUUCACAGCACCCACCCUCUUACCUGAUAAGUCCCAUCGUAUCAAACUUUCUAUAAACAAAACACAGUAUAAUCAGAAAGUGCCAUUUCGCCAUUAUUUGUGAUCGGUAGGCAGUUCAGAGCGUACGUACGUUUACUGUGAAAAAAAAAAUGUAAAGGUUUUAUUUAAGACAUUUGCAUGGCUAAUCAUCGGUCCAUUUUAUGAGUUAAAAAUGUAUUUUGUUGAGCGGAGUUUUUAGGGGUUGUUUUGGGUUCUUUUAUUUUGAUGGUGAUGUUUUAUUUUUUUUUUUGAGGGGGAAUAUUUUUCUAUACAUAUCCAAUAAUGCCUUUCAUCUGAAUGUAAAAUAAGUACCCAUGAUUUCUAUUAUAGUAUCAGUGUAAUUAUUAAAAAAAAAAGAUUUUGAGGCAGUUAAGCAUGACCAAUUAAUGUCAUUCUAGUGCUUAGGCUGCGAUCUUAUGGUAGCAAUUCUGUGCUGGUGUAAAUCUUACUUAUAAAGUAGGAAAAAAGAACCGAGGAAGCACGUGAAACUUACUAAUUCUAUUCGAGGAUUUUAUAAUGGCAUAUUUUUUCAGUAUUAAAGUGAAAAUGUUUUCAA